AGUGUGUCAUUGUGUGUGUUUGAGACAGAAAGAGAAGGGGAGGGCUGCUAUAAAGGCCGGUUCCCUGUUGCUCGCUCCCAUUCCUUCUGUUUUUUCAGUGGGUUUGAUCUGCAGGGGAUACUCCAGUAUGAUACUCCUGUUUACAGCCACCUUUACCAUCCUGGUGCUGUCCUCCCUGGACCAGGUGGAGUCUUCAGCGUAUGACAAGAUAGUCAUGCACAGUCGCAUCAGGGCUAAGAAUGAAGGGCCCAAUGUGUGCGCUUUGCAGCGGGUCAUGGGGACCAAGAAAAAGUACUUCAGCACAUGCAGGAACUGGUACAACAAAUCCAUCUGUGGCAAAAAGGCGGUGGUCUUAUAUGAAUGCUGUCCGGGUUAUAUGAAGUUAGAUGGGAAGCAUGGGUGCCCCGCAGUGGCUCCUAUUGACACUGUGUACGGCACCCUGGAUCUGGUUCAAGCCAAGAUCACCCAACGAUACUCCGAUCAAUCCAAACUGAGGGAAGAACUCGAUGGAGCGGGAUCUUAUACAAUGUUUGCACCCAAUGAAGAUGCCUGGGAAGAGUUAGAGCCUGCAUCAAAAGCUGCCUUGGUCAGCAGUGGAAACACUGAGCUUUACAAUGCACUCCACUAUCACAUGGUCAACAAACGUCUUCUCACCAAGGACCUGAAGAAUGAUAUGACCCUAGAGUCCAUGUAUAACAAACAAGGCCUCUAUAUCAAUCAUUACUCAAAUGGAGUUGUCACUGUGAACUGUGCCAGGAUCAUUCACGCCAACCAGGUGGCCACUAAUGGAGUUGUGCAUGUCAUUGAUCGGAUCAUCAGUGUCAUAAGUCAAACGAUCAAGGACGUGAUCGAAACCAACGAUGACCUGGCUUCACUGAACACAGUUGCUUUGAGAUCGGGUCUCCAGGGUCAACUGGGAGAGCCCGGACACUACACACUUUUUGCUCCAACCAACAAGGCCUUUGAAAAACUAGACAGUGAUGUGCUGGAAAGACUUAUGAGUGACACAACUGUACUUCAAGCCCUUUUGAAGUACCACCUCCUGAACUCAGUGCAGUGCUCUGAGGCCAUUAUGGCAGGCUCCGUCUAUGGGACUAUUGAGGGCAGUAAUACUGAGAUCGGAUGUGAUGGUGAGAGUCUCACAGUCAAUGGUAUCAAGAUGGUGCUGAAGAAGGACAUUGUCACCAGCAAUGGGGUCAUUCAUCUGAUCGACCAGGUGCUCAUGCCUGACUCAGCCAAGCAGGUGAUGGAGCUUAUAGGCAAAUCUCAGAGCAUCUUCAGUGACAUGGUGUCUGAGCUUGGCCUGUCUGCCGCCAUGCAGCCUGAGACUGAGUAUACUAUUCUUGCCCCACUGAAUGGAGCCUUCUCUGUUCAUCCAGGUUCGGGACCAUCACGAUGGGGCUGGCCCAUGGGCUGCGUGAUGGUUAACAACUCCAUCCAUGUAAAUUCAGUGGAGGUUCCAGAUUUUGAUCUUAUGGCAUCCAAUGGAGUGGUCCAUGUAGUGAAGACCAUCUUAUAUCCUCAAGAUCUGCCAGUUGGCCGUGAAGACAUAUUGAUUCUGCUGAAGAGACUCAUCAGAUACAUACAGCUGAAGUUUGUAUCUGGAUACACCUACCAUGAGAUUCCACUUACGUUCAUCAAGAGGACUAUAACUACUCAUGUCAUUGAGAAAGGUCCCGAGGUCAAGGUGGUGAUUGGAGAACCAAGCAUCACCAAAGUUACACGAGUGAUUGGUGGAGAUCUGAGUGUCACCAAAGUUACACAAGUGGCUGAAAGAGAUCCAAGCGUCACCAAAGUUACACGAGUGAUUGGUGGUGAUCCGAGUGUCACCAAAGUUACACAAGUGACUGAAAGAGAUCCAAGCGUCGCCAAAGUUACACGAGUGAUUGGUGGAGAUCCGAGUGUCACCAAAGUUACACAAGUGACUGAAAGAGAGCCAAGCGUCACCAAAGUUACACGAGUGAAGGGUGGAGAUCCGAGUGUCACCAAAGUUACACAAGUGACUGAAAGAGAUCCAAGCGUCACCAAAGUUACACGAGUGAUUGGUGGAGAUUCGAGUGUCACCAAAGUUACACAAGUGACUGAAAGAGAUCCAAGCGUCACCAAAGUUACACGAGUGAAUGGUGGAGAUCCGAAUGUCACCAAAGUUACACAAGUGACUGAAAGAGAUCCAAGCGUCACCAAAGUUACACGAGUGAAUGGUGGAGAUCCGAAUGUCACCAAAGUUACACAAGUGACUGAAAGAGAUCCAAGCGUCACCAAAGUUACGCGAGUGAUUGGUGGAGAUCCGAGCAUCACCAAAGUUACACAAGUGAUUGGCGGAGAUCCAGGCAUCACCAAAGUUGUUGAAGGGAAGCCAUCCGUUACAAAGAUCACAAGGCUCACUGAAACUCACAGUGCAUCAUCUGAUGGUGAAAUUGACACUGAGGGAGAGAUCAAGAUACUCAUGGGUGAAGAUAUAACCAAGGUGCAGACAUUUCAAGGUGGUGACGUACGCAUCCUCCAGGAGGAAGAUAUCAAACAAAUCACUGAUGCGAUCACUCAGGGAGGUGGACCGGGGAUCACCACUAUAACUAAAGUAAUCAAACCAGGGGUCCAGGUUGUUGAAACUGAACCAGGGCUCACCACUUUGACCAGAGUAAUUAAGAAAGACCCUCAGAUCAUUGAAAUUGCACCAGGGGAAACCACUAUUACCAGAGUGAUUCAACCAGAACCGCAGAUCAUUGAAGGACCAGAUUUCUCAAAGAUUGUAUCUUUCAAGGACAGUCCAGACCUCCUCGAAUCAGAAUCAGAGAGAAUCACCAGAAUCAUCAAGGAGGGCCGUUCUAAAAAACGAGCUGCCAUCAGACAACCACAAGGAUCAAGGCGAAGAGUGAGACUGGUCAGGCAUCACUCCAGACCCAGACAGUGAGAUGAAUGGAGGCUCACUGUACCUGAAGAUCCAGCUAAAGUGAAAGACAGUGUUGUCGAACAGUGUGUUUGUCCUGCAAAUACACUUUUACUACAAACCGCAUUGAAUGUUUACACAUUAGAAACCAACGCAGUAAUAUCUUGGAUCUGUGUGGCACACACCCCACUUCAAGGGGUACUUGAAAUGGUGGUGGUUAUAAAGAGAGACAUUGGUCAUUUUUGUUUGUUUUUUUUAAGCUGUUUAUAUUGUUCUUUUUUGAAUAUACGUAUAUACUGUAUGAGCCUUGACAUUGAGCUUGUCGUACACAUGAUAUUUUGUGGUGCUUGCAUUCAGAGACAUGAAUGCGUUUUUAUCUUUAAGGAUCAGCAAAGCUUUGGCUGUUGAGUUCACUUUAAAUUAUGCAGCUUGUAACUUUCCAUCUGUUUCUAAUUUUCUGUCCAUUUUUUAGGAAUUUGUUCACGUCUACAUUUUUUUUUUAUGUCUUUUUUUUUAAUAGACAGGGUUUUUUAAUUGUAGAAAUUCAAAUCAUCACAUUGAAAUAAGCUUCAAUGCAGUUAAAUAAUAAAAUUAAAUAUUUUCUG